AUGAGAUUGUCCGAGGUUAUCGCAGCAUCGCUAGUUUUGCUGGAAAGCCACCAAGCAGCAGGUUCUUCAGCUCAGAAACCUUUCGCCAGAAGUAAGGAUUUAAAAGGACCUCAUGCAGUUCGAGUAAACACACAGAAUCUUGGCAAAAGAGAAACAGCACCAGCAUUCGAAUCUUUGCAAGACGAAUGGUCUGCAGGCGUUGUCGGUAUACAGGCCCUACGAUUCGAGAAAUCAACAGCAGUCGCGGAAAUUUGCAAAAAAGACGUGCAUAAUAUUGAAAGUGCAGGUCAGCUGUAUCAAUUGCAGCAAAGCUGCAGAUCUAUUGUUGGUACCGUACAGAUUACCGAUUUCAUGGACCCUGUCAUAGACCUAGGAGGCCUCCAAAGUAUCAAUGGGGACCUUAUCAUCGAGAAUCUUCCAGAGGUUGUGCGCAUUCAAGGGCACAACCUGGUGAGCGUUGGAGGAACGUUUAAGAUCGACAGCUUGACGUCUUUGACAAGCAUAUAUCUGCCUUCUUUGCAUCACUUUGAUGUAAUGGAGUGGAAAGUGGUCCCCACGUUGACUUCGUUGAGUUUGGCACCCAACAUCAGCCACGCGAAACGCGUUACUAUAUCAGACACUUCCUUGGUUGGCAUCGACGUCCUCGAAAACAUUGACGACCUUGAGAUCUUGAACAUCAACAACAAUAGGUACAUGGAAUAUGUCAAGAGUAACGUCAAGCAAGUUCAUGAGCAGCUCAGUAUUUCAUCCAACGCUCGAGAACUCCAAGUUGAAAUGCCCUCACUGCUAUGGGCAAAUAAUCUGACAGUCAGGGACGUCGCUUCCAUAAGUUUCCCUCGCUUACAAUAUGUCAAUAAAUCAUUGGAGAUCAUUGAGAACAACUUUGAAUCAUUCGAAGCUCCGGUAUUGAAGACGGUUGGUGGCACUCUUGGAGUGAUUCAAAACUCGCGACUAGCUCGUGUUGACUUUUCAAACGUGACGACGAUCCAAGGUGGAUUGAUGAUAGCUAAUAAUUCCAACAUUGACAAGAUCGACUUCUUACCGGAAUUACGCGAAAUUGGAGGGGCGAUCCAGUUCAUCGGUACUUUCCACGACACCGACUUUCCCAGGUUACGACUAGUCAGAGGAAGUGCUUUAGUAAGAAGUACUUCGAGUGCUUUAGAUUGCAGCAAAUGGAUCACCCCCGUGAGCGGGAACUCCAUUAUUCGCGGGGGCAGGAUUGUGUGUACGACGGGUCAGUCUAGAAACACUGCGCGGGUGAGUGAGGAUGGAAAAUUGUUAGAUCACCAGGAGACGCAAUUCGAAAUCAAGCCAGACACCACUGACAAAACGAAUAUUGCAUCGUCAAUUGUGGACAAGUCUGGAAUAUUUCACUUUGGAUUUGCACUUGCUUUUGGAUGGGCUGCAAUUUUGAUAUGUUCUGCAGUUACCCGUUGA